AAUCAAAUAACAAAAUCAAAUAACAAAAUCAAAUAACAUCUACAUUCUACAAUGAACACUUUAACGAAAAGACUUUGGAAAUGUAUUUCUUAUUGCUUUCCAUUUCGUAAAAAGAAACCUAAUGACAAUGCUGUUGAAGAAAUUGAGAUCAAACAGGAAUCACUAGAAAAACAACAUAUUGAAGCUAAUAGUGAAAGAGAAACGAGUUAUGAAGUUAAUAGCGAAAGAGAAACAACUAUUGAAGCUAAUAGUGAAAGAGAAACGAGUAAUGAAGUUAAUAGCGAAAGAGAAACAAUUAUUGAAGCUAAUAGUGAAAUAGAAACGAGUAAUGAAGUUAAUAGCGAAAGAGAAACAACUAUUGAAGCUAACAGGAAAAGAGAAACUGUUAUUAAAGCUAAUAGGAAAAGAGAAAAUAGUAAUGAAGUUAAUAGGAAAAGAGAAACAACUAUUGAAGCUAAUAGGAAAAGAGAAACAACUAUUGAAGCUAAUAGGAAAAGAGAAACUAGUAAUGAAGUUAAUAGGAAAAGAAAAACAACUAUUAAAGCUCAUAGGAAAAGAGAAACAACUAUUAAAGCUCAUAGGAAAAGAGAAACAACUAUUGAAGCUCAUAGGAAAAGAGAAACUAGUAAUGAAGUUAAUAGGAAAAGAGAAACAACUAUUAAAGCUCAUAGGAAAAGAGAAACAACUAUUGAAGCUAAUAGGAAAAGAGAAACUAGUAAUGAAGUUAAUAGGAAAAGAAAAACAACUAUUAAAGCUCAUAGGAAAAGAGAAACAACUAUUAAAGCUCAUAGGAAAAGAGAAACAACUAUUGAAGCUAAUAGGAAAAGAGAAACUAGUAAUGAAGUUAAUAGGAAAAGAGAAACUACUACUAAAGCUCAUAGGAAAAGAAAGGCGGCUAAUAAAUCUAAUAGCACAAGAAAAACUGCUAAGAAGCCAAAUGUUUCACCUGAACGGGAUAAAUUGUACUGUGACGAAUGUGUAUCCAGACAGAAGAGAUGCUUCAAAGACCAGGUUAAAACAGCAGUUGCGAAAAAGAACGUUUUCUGGACUGACUUUAAAGGAUCCACUGACUUCGAGAGAGGCCUAUUGAGUAGAGGAUGGGUGAAGAAAAUUGCCCCCACCUUCAAUGCUGGCCCCAUGGAAACUAUAUUUUGUGACCCAACAUAUGGACAUAAGAUUAUAAGUCUUUAUGACAUACAACCCAAGCUCAUCGUGUCACGCUAUAGAAUUGAACUCCAUCUUCUGAAAGAGGAUCAGAUAACCAAUCACUUUUACAGUGUGCACUUCACAAGCAAGAUUGGUCUGUGCAAAGUAUUAAGGCAAUGGUGUUUGUCGUGUGAUGCAAAUCCACACACUUUCUUCCCUCGUUGCUACAUGUUUAGUGAGAAAAAUGAAAAACAAGCAUUCAUUGAUGACUUUACCAUGACUGCAGCUUGUGGUAUCCUAAAAUGGGUUUUGAGAACCAAUGGAAAGUCUUUGCAAGAUGAAGUUAUUCCCAGCCGGAAAGAAAAGGAAGAAAAAAUGGCUAUUUGCAUGUCAGAUGCUAAAAUAAACAAUCAUGGCCCUGCAAGAAUUGUUCCAGAAAAUAUUAUAGUAACAGCCCUUGUGGCUUGCCAGUUUCAUCUGUACGACUUGACACAUGAGGAUGAAGACAACUUAAUAUGUGCCGGGAUAGUUGAUAAAAAACAUUUCAUAAGUGACUACUAUCAGGUUAUGCAUCAUGGUGCGCACAUACAGAAUUCAGACAAGUAUGUUGAUUACUGCCACCAAUUGUUAUGUAAGCUGAGAAGAGUGAACCCACAGCUAGAUAUAGAUGGAGAAAAAAACAUCUGGAUUUUAAAACCAAGAGCUCUAUCUAGAGGAAGAGGGAUACAUUGCAGAAAUGAUCUGAAAGACAUAUGUUCCUUGGGAAGGAAAUGGGUGGUUCAAAAGUACAUAGAGAGACCACUUCUUGUAUAUGGAACCAAAAUUGAUCUCCGUCAGCAUUUCCUCAUAACGGACUGGUACCCCUUAACUAUCUGGUUCUAUAAGCACAGUUUCAUCCGAUUCUCAUCUCAGCCCUUCACGCUGGAGAGAUUAGAUACCGCCAUCCAUGUAUGUAAUAACAGCAUACAGAGAAAAUUAAAGAAUGCACCAAAUCGUCACCCCAACCUGCCUGAAGAAAACAUGUGGCACAGUGACGAAUUCAAAGAGUAUCUUUGUACAAUCGGAAAAGAGCAAGUCUGGGAUUCAAUCAUUAUACCAGGGAUGAAGAAAGCUCUCAUUCAAACAAUGAGGGCCGCUCAGGAAAAUGUGAAGUACAAGAAAAACAGUUUUGACCUUUUUGGUGCAGAUUUUAUGUUUGGAGAAAACUUCCAGCCCUGGCUCCUUGAGAUCAAUCUCAAACCUGACAUACAAAAAGACACAUCAGUAAUGGAGAAAAUUGUUCCACCAAUGGUAGAGGACAUUCUACGUGUGGUGAUUGAUUACAAGGAUCACCGUAACUGUAAUGUGGGAGGAUUUGAACUUAUAUAUAAACAGUAGAGACAGUAAAGAACACCGAUUCCUGGGAGUCCACAUCUCUGAUGACCUCACCUAGACCACCAACACUGCCUUCAUUACCAAAAAGGCUCAGCAGCGUCUUCACUUCCUAAGACGACUGAAACGGGCCAGCCUUCCGCCUCCCACCCUCACAGUGUUCUACAGGGG